AUGAGAGCGUCGAUAUUAUCUGCUGGCCUUGUGCCAGUGGUGGUCAUGCUUCUGACUGGCAUUACUACAACUGUGGCCCAGCUUGCGGUUCAUCGCCUUGCCGGCGAGGAUUAUCGCAACCCUGGCGAUGCAAGCCGUUUCCGGGGCUUGGCCCCUCGUGCUGCCAACUAUGGCGAACCGAGUGAUUAUGGCUACUAUCCGCCCCCCUAUGGAGAGGAAACUUCUUCCACUACCUCAUCUACCAAGUCUGGAAUCUACCCUCCUCCUCCUGCUGGAUCGUCUACAAGCACUGCUUCCAAUGUGACCACCAAGACAGAGACUGUUUCUACCACUGGCUCAACUGGUACCAAGACAUCUUCUGAAAGCAAAUCCUCCACUUUGGCAGGAACAGUGACUGUAUCGUCUACUUCCGACAAGAGCCACUCGUCGACAACUACUGAAAGAUCAUCAGUCACAGAGUCUUCUCUGGGCUUAACGACGCAGACGCUUACUAUAUCACUGGCUACUACCACGUUUGUUACAGCACAAACUGUGCAAGUAUCAUCCAGUCACGAGGGCUACUCGUUCUCAUCUGAAGCGACGUCUACUCAGAGCAGCGUGUCCACCAAGUCUUCUACCAGAUCUUUAACCGAAGAAGAAUCAGGUACUAUCCGGCCUAUAUCUUCUUCUAGCUCUACAGAAAGCUCUUCUUCUUCUUCUGGAUCUGCCUCUGUGUCUACCACAACAGGAUGGCCAAACGCUACAUUGUCUCUUUCCACGUCAACUGGAAGCCUCUCGUCAAGUUGGUUGACUGAGAAUGGCACUAUUCGUUCGACUGUGGCGUCUGCAACUUCUACAGAGUCGACUAGAUCCUUGACUGAAGGCGAAUCCGGCACCAUUCGACCUAUAUCUAGUUCGACAAUAGGCUCUUCACCCUCCGGAUCGGCAUCUGUGUCUACCUCAACGGGAUUUCCAAACGUUACAACGUCACUUUCUACGUCAACUGGAAGUGUCUCGUCUACUUUCAAGACGGAGAAUGGAACUACACGUUCAACUGCGGCAUCUCCAGCUCCAACAGAGUCUACUAGGUCUUUAACUGAAGUUGAGUCUGGCACUAUUCGUCCUGUAUCUAGUUCUGCAACCGGCUCUUCUUCAUCUGGUUCUACAAUCGUGUCCACUGUCACGGGAUGGUUCAACUUUACACUGCCGCCCUCAAGCACGUCGACAGGACAGCUUUUGUCUAGCCAGCUGACUGAGAAUGGAACCAUACGCACUGUCACACUAACCACAAUCGGAGUGACGUUGACGAGACCAUUCUCUGAGACUUCAACUCAAUUGACUUCUUCGAGCACUUUGUCUGGAAAUUCAACUUCGUCGACUAGCACAUCUGCUUCAACUGCUCCAGAGACAACAGUUUCGUCUACUUCUUCAGCAAUAAAUGGUACAAAUCUUACCCUAACCUCUGUGAUUACCAGAUCUACCGGUACCACAGCAUCGGGCCAGGGUAUCACGAGUACCGUGAAUGGAACUGUCAUCGUGGUCACAGUAUCUGAAUCAGCGGCUAGUACUACCUCGUCAAUCUCGACAGGAACUUUGUCAAACAUCUCGUCCUCUCUUAUCAGCGGAUGGUCAUCGUCAAGUAGCCCAUCAGUUGCUACUUCGACCUAUCGAUUCACAAACUCAUCUGUGGUGACCGUUACCGUGGGGCCACCCAGCGGUAGCGGGACAAGAAUCUCAUCAAUCAGCACAACCGAGGCUACGUUGCUGCCAAAUCUGACUCUGUCAGGUACCGUAUCACCAUCGGCAUCCAACGCCCACUCAAUCUCUUCUCCAUUGCCGAUUACGGGCAAUCAGACUACGGUUACUCUGAGCACCUCUGGUACCACAGUAGCUCAGUCAAACAUGACAAUGAUCUGGUCUACUACAUCAACCUCGCCAACAUCAUCUAAGGCAACAGUUACCGUUACAUCUGUGCUUGGUACUGCAUCAACAUCGCAGCUCAACAACGGCACUGUCGUCUCUUCUGUUAUUUCGACCACACAGAUGAAUGGUACUGUUGCGGUGACCUCACAAUCCUCGGCUCGUCCAACUGGCACUGGUCAUUCUAGCUUGACGCCCUCUGGCGAGAUUCAGUCGUCUUCCACAGGGACAUGGGGCAGAUCUGCAUCAUGGGCCAACACUACGUCUACCGUGACUGAGACCGCGGCACAAACAAGCCAUCAUUUUACGGUAUCAACCUCUGCAUGGACGCUCAACUCCACCACUAUUGUCCAAACACUGACAUUGACGGCGCCGUCUGUUUCAACCGCCAAGCCUUGGAGCUCAGGGGCUGUCAAUACGACUUCUGCCCCCUCCAGCCUCGUAUCCACUACGGGAUCCCAGCUUCCCUGGAAUACGACUGCUUCAGAACAGACGGGCGUCAGGACCAUCACCUCGACCAUCUCUGGAUCAGGCUCCGCUAACUCGACGGCGGCUUCUAGCCCUGCUGGUACCGUGGUGGUGAUUACUGUUACGCCUACGGGUGCAGUGACGACUUUUGGCAAUUCUCCUGUCUCGACAACAACCGAGUCCCUGGCGGUGAGUUCCAACGGAACGAUAACCAAGUCGGUGACGAAUAGCCAACCACCCUUUAUCAAUACGACUUCGUAUUCAUUGUCGUCUGGACAAGUUGUGACAACAACAGUUUGGAGUAGUGGCUCAACAACAUCUGGAUCAGCUUCUGGACCAACCAUCUCUAGCCAAACAUCAUCUACCAAUACAACCUCGUAUUCAUUGUCGUCUGGUCAAAUUGCGACUACAACAAUCUGGAGUAGCAGUGCGACAGCUUCUGGAUCAACGUCUGAAUCAAUCAUCUCUAGCCAACCACCAUUCAGUAAUACAAUUCUGUCUUCAGGGUCGUCUGGGCAGAUUGUAACUACUACAAUAUGGAAUAGCGCACCGACUGGAUCUAGUUCGACGUCUAGUUUAACCAUUUCUAGUCAGCCCCCCUUCAGCAACACAUCUUUGUCUUCAGCAUCGUCUGGACACGUCGUUACCACCACGAUCUGGAGUAGUGGCACAGGAUCUGGAUCAUCCACCUCGAGCAGACCUCCAUUCAGCAAUACGACUUUAUCGUCUGGGCGAGUCGUGACUUCAACCGUCUGGAACUCAGCACCGACAGUCUCAGUUUCUCUGUCAAUCAUUCCUAGCCAUUCUCUCCCUCCCACCUGGAACUUGACUCAAUCUGGUACCCAUGGAACAUCUCGCCCGUCAGUUACGCUUACCAACACGACGUGGCUCUCCCGAACAAGCCAGCCGACAAAGUCUCCAAGUUCCAGUGGACCCCCGUUCCCCACGACUCGCAAUGCCACUGAAACUCUAUCAGGAACUGUCAUCAGCUCUAGUGGCACAAGCUCAACGACUGCUAGUGUUGUUACGGUCACUCUUAGUCCUCUACCUGCAACAAACUCAACUUCCAAACCGUCUUCAACAUUCAAAUCAGGUAGUGCAAGUGGCGGAAGCUUGACGUGGUCUUUCACUAAUUCCUUCAAUCUGUCUACCGUCUGGAUAACUACCGCUGCUCCAACCGGUGGUUCGUCAAUCGUCCCCAUCACCAUUACCAAGACCAAUGCAGGCUCUUCGAUUGGCAUAGCAAGCUCGAGACCGCUCAGCUCUUCGACUGUCACUGCGUUUACCAAUUCUUCUACCGCAAGAUGGAGUGGAUCUGAAUCGACGGUGACGGUGAUCCCCUCAUCUUGGACAAACACAUCCCGGAUUACAUCCACUUCAACCCUGGUGUCAGGGACAGCGGUGGGCUCCAGCAGCAGCUUCAUCAGUCCCGUUGUCAUUUCCACCACUGUUACCAACGGAACAAUCGUGAAAACCACUGCUUUCACUUCUUGGUUAACAACAGGAUCUGGCGGAACUACAAUCGGCUCCAGCUCAGUUGGCACAUCCCCAGCAAGCAAUAUCACAGUUACUACCAUCACUCAAAAUGGUACAACUGUGAUUUUGACAACCGGAUCGGCUCUGCCUUGGUCAACGACAUCGGCAGCAUCAUCUGGGACCGGCGCCCUGUCAUCGGCAUCUGGCAGCGGCCCCAUCUGGACUAACAGCACUCGGGUAUCGCCGUCUUCAACUGGCCUGGCUGCAUCUACCACGACAACUACUCAGAUGAUUACGGUUACUGUUUCCACGCUGACUCUAACCUCUUCUGCGUCUGCGUCUGCAUCUGCGUCUACUUCAAAAUUCAAUGCAACGGUUGUUGCCAGCACUAUUACUAGAACGCUGCCAUGGUCAACAGGCUCCUCAGCUCUUUCCGGUACCGAUAUCUCGCCAUCGUUAUCAUCAUCUGGGACUCACACAAGUGAUAACGCGACUCAAGUCUUUACAACCAUUGUUGAAACAAUCUCCGGUUCAGCAACCACCACUGGAUCACAAUGGACUAAUACCACUACCGUCGCGACGGGCCAUGAGUCCAGUCACACGGGCAGCGCUAUCGUCACGACGCUCUACCCCAACAGCACCACUGCAACUCCUCCCUGCACUCAUUCAUGGGUAUACCCGUAUCCCAACAUCAGUGACAGCACAACCACCUGCACCCGCUUCCCAAGCGGAAACACGACGCUCACUCGGUGCUGGGCUAUGCCAUUGACGACAGGCGCGCCGGAGUCCUCGCUUCGCCAAACACCAUUGUAUACAUCCACUUGCAACACGACAAGCACAGCAAAUGGUACAUAUGGGAAUGCAACAGUUGCUUAUACUCGAACCCUUAUUCUCGCACUAGAUACUUACCCUUAUCCGCUCCCAACGACAUUUGAGACUUCAACUACAUCAAAGAAUCAUGAAUCCGGCUCCAAGGGUUUUGCCUACCCCGUGCCCACAGUGGUGGUUCCAUCAGAAGAGACAAUGCCACGCAACCCAAAUUACCCGUGGGGAGCAGGCUCGCCGCUGCAUCGUCACCAGAAUGUGACAGGACUGGGUGACGGCAUCCUCGACGGUAGGAGUGUCCUCAUCGACUGGGGCAAGACGGCUGUGCAUCGCCUCAAGGCGCUUUUCGAGAAGCACGUUGAUGACGAACAAGGUGGAGAAGAAGAAGAGUAG